CAACACGAGCACUUUCUUUGUUUAUUUAAUUUUUAUCUGUGAAUCUCCGUCUACUGUUACUGUGUAGCAGGAGUACGGGAGCUUUAUACAUCUUAUAUAAAUAGCUAGUCAUGCUUCCACUCACUUAGAACCCAGUUCUUCUCUUCUGUCUUACUUUCGCACUUUUCUCUUCCUCUGAUCCCUCCCAACAGAACCCAUCAGUCUCAUGUCAUUCCUUUAACUGUAAGUCUGUAACCCUUCUUCUUCUUCUUCUCCUCCUCCUCCUUCCUCUCUCUCUCGUUCACUCCCUAGUCCCUUGCUCGUUCUUGCAGAAUCUUGCGUGAUGAUGGCAGAAAUCGAGUAUCAGACCAAACCAAACAAUCCCACCAACAACGUACGCUUGAAGCUCUUUGGCUUUGAUGUUUCAGAAGAGGACGAGGUAGGUUCAGGCAGAAUUCCAUCUGGGUCACCGGAAUCUAGCGGUUUCCUGCCCAACGACAGCCGGAAAUUCGAGUGUCAGUACUGUUGCCGUGAAUUUGCCAACUCACAAGCAUUGGGUGGCCACCAAAACGCUCACAAAAAAGAAAGACAGCAGCUAAAGCGCGCGCAAAUGCAAGCCGGUAGAAACUCCGCCGCUUCAUACGUUAGAAACCCAACGAUAUCGGCGUUUUCCCCGCCGUCUCACUUCCUCGCUCCGGCGGGGAUGCCACAAUCGCCUUCUUGGGUUUACAUGUCAUCACGGGCGGCGCCGACCUUCCAAGUUUCUCAUGGUAGCUGCGUUUUUCCGGCAGGUGCCGGGAGAGCGCCUACGACGCUGAUGUACACCGGGGUCGUACGGGUGGGAGGAGAGUCCAUGCCGACGCACGGGUCUCAGGUUCGAGCUCAUGCAGGAAUGGUUGUCCCAUCGUUGAGUAGGUUCUCUGGUGGAGACGGUGUAUCCACCUUUGAUGACGCCUUAGGCUUGGAUUUGCAUCUCAGCCUUGCUCCUGCUGCGCCUUAAAAAGUUUGGCUUGGUUUGAUACAAAGAUAUAUCACUAGCACUAGGUGGCUGCUAAAUGGGUUCACUUGGGCUCCGCUGGAAACUUAGAAAAUUUAAUGCCCAAAUGGGUCUUGUAAAUUUUCCAUUUUUUAAAUUUUUUCACGGAAGCAAUUUAACUUAUAUAUCUGACUUUCAUUUGCUA